UAAUAUUGUAAAAUAAAUUAUGGAUAAGAUAUUCAAGAAGUUGGUGAGGGGUACGAAUUUUAAAAAUGGACCUUCUUCGGGUAUUUUCGUUUUUCGAGAUGGAGACAAGGAAUCGGAUUCCGGUGUUUUUGAUGAGGAUUUUAGUGUAGUUAACUCUUCAGGAGAAGAUUUUAAUGAUUAUAGUCCGUUAGAUACUUUUUCAGCAUUGGAUUCCUUAACUACUGACGACAAAAUCAGUGAAAGGGCCAAAGUUAUCUCAAAAUCAAUUAAUUCUAAACUUAAUUUUGAUAAAACAACACCAAUUCAGAGAUAUGUAAUACCGAUAAUGAUGAAGGGGAAUGAUGUGGUAGCAGUAGCACCUACUGGUUCAGGGAAAACUUUAUCAUACUUAACACCGAUUUUACUCAAAAAUCUGGAGGAUAGCUUGAGUGUGAUAAUAAUUGUACCUACUGUAGAGUUAGUGCAACAGGUGAAAUCAGAAUUCAUAUACCUAACCGGUGGUGAAAUUUUUAGUAUUAAAGCACUUGAAAAGAAUAUGACUGAAUUUAACUUCUCUAUCGCAAUCACUACUCCACUCACUCUCUACACUCUACUACACAACAACGCGUUGAAAACUGACUUAAUGAGGGGAUUGAAGUGUUUGGUGUUGGAUGAGUGUGAUAAGUUACUGGAGGAAGGGUAUGGUGAGAAUAUUGAGUAUAUAAUGAACCUGAUUAAGGAUUUUAAAGGUAUUCAAAAGGCUUCAUUCAGCUCAACAUUACAAUCUGAAGUCCUAUUACUCUCCAAAUCACAUUUCAACAAUCCAAUUCACAUCACCAUAGGAAAAGAAAAUGUAUGUUGUUGUAAUGUAGAACAAGAAUUAAUCUGCGUUACUAAUGAUAAAGGUAAAUUGUUGAUAUUGAAGCAAUUGAUAAAUGAUGGGAAAUUGCUACCGCCUAUAUUAGUGUUUUUACAGAGUAUUAACAGGGUUAAUGAUUUAUAUAAUGAACUCUCACAGCUGAAUUUAAAUGUUCAAAAAUUCACUAAACAACUCACUCUCAAACAACGGCAAAAUAUCAUACAAAAAUUCAGAAUCGGACAAAUUUGGAUAUUAUUGUGUACUGAUAUAUUAUGUCGUGGUAUCAACUUUAAGGGGGUGCAUUCGAUAGUAAAUUAUGACUUACCGUUAACACCUCAAGUGUAUAUAAACAGAGUUGGUAGAGCUGGAAGAGGUACAAAACGUGGUAAAUCUGUGACUUUCUUCACUAUUAAUGAUUUUAAAAUCUUGAAUCACAUUAUACAAAUCAUGAAAUUAUCCAAAUCCAACAUUCCACAAUAUCUUCUCUCACUCAAACCAAUACAUAUUCAACGAUUGAAAAAAUUGGAGAAGAAACCACCAACAAGAGUUAAUAUUGGACCAAUAAAAAAAAAGAAAAAAUUCAACAAAUCCAAACCAACAAAUACUGAACACACAACCACUGACACAUGAAUUCAAAUUAUGGAAAGUUGACCCUAAAAACUUCUAAUCCUAUUCACUGUACAUAUAUAUAUUAUACUAUUAAUAUAUAAUAUGUAUAGUAUAGAAGUAGGACUAAAUUGAUGUGUUUUUGCACAGUAUUAAACAAAAGUCCUGGUUGUCUAAUACUUAACGAUUUGUUUAAACUUUAAAUAUUAACUGCUAAACAUGGUUUGGUUUAGGCGGCCGCAUGAAGUGCUAGU